ACCACCCCAUCAACCAAAUUUUCCCAUUAACAUAAGAUAGAAAAAAAGAAAAAAAAAAACCAUUUCCAAGAUUUUCAAAAAUGUCAGCCGCAGCAAUGUCUCAAUUAUCAUGUUUUGCCACCAUUCAUUACAAUACCAACACAGUUCAUCCACCACAUCUUCUUAUUCCUUCUCAGAUUGCAAAUGUUACUUUGCAGUUACCCACUGGUAUCAACAGUGAUCGACAUGCCAUAAAAGCAUCCAAUUCAGGUGGGAUUGUUUUUAGUGGAGGGCUUAUUGGUUUCUUGUUUACAAGAGAUCCGGCUACUUUGAUAUCCGGUGGACUUUAUGGUAGUGCUUUACUGGUCUUCAGCAUGUUCAGCUUGAAUGUCUGGAGACAAGGGCAAUCUAGCUUACCAUUCAUACUUGGACAAGCAGGAAUCGCUGCUGCCCUUUUUUGGAAAAACAUGAAGACCUAUUCAUUGACGAAGAAAAUAUUACCAACAGGCUUAAAUGUUGUCUUAAGUGCUGCAAUGUUGUGCUUCUAUAUGUAUGUGGUGGUGUCUGGUGGAAACCCACCUUCAAAAAAAUUAAAGUCUGCUGCCGCGGCUCCAUCUUAGUGGCGACAUGGGCCCAAAGUAUAGUUUUUUCAUCUACUUUAGACUGAAAACGUAGAUAGGGUUUAUCCGUGUUAAGUCGAAAGAGGUUUCAGCUUGAGUUUUUUUAUAAGUGUUCACAUAUAGACAUAAAGUUACUGGGGUGUGUGGCACCAAGAUUGCAGGUUGAGCCGGUAUGGUGGUGGAUUCAAAGCAGUUUUGGAACCACUAUUAUUAAGAUACUAAUAAAGAUGUUUGAAUUAAUAAAACUACUUGGGAGGGGUAUGAAUAGAGAUAAUCUUUUGCCGAAUGUUCUUGAUCAGUUUAAUCUUUUUAACUCAAUCCCCUUUCAGCUAA